CAAUUUUACUCAGUUCAAAAUGUAUUUUGCUGUACAUAGUAGCUUCUUACGAACUAUAAGCGUCGCUUAACCUAUUAUCGAGUUUGCCUAAUAAACUCCAUUUAAUUUUGCAGUAUCCUUAGAACACAACCAAGCAGGCGGGAACGAGUUGGGGGUUUUUGUUUCGCAGGCACAAGUUGAGUGGCACGGAAAACCCUUCAAAAUCCAAUAUUUGGACCCAUGUCGGACAUACGCAAAUGGUUCAUGAAACAACCUCACAAAAAUGCUAUGCCUGAUAAGGAGAGACCAAAGCAAACAGAAACUCCAAAACAGGACAAUACCUCAGAAGGAGCAAAUACAGGAAGGAAGAAAGUAAGUAAAUAUUUCGCCACACCGAACCCUGAAAACACUAUUAAAUCAAUCCCGGAUGAAGAUUUCAAGCCGGAAAAGGCUUCAACAAAAAGAAAGAAACAGAAAGUGGACGUGGAUGACACAUCUGAGAUAGAAGUUCCAUCCCCCAAGAAGCUUCACAAAGAUGAUACAAAUGUAACUAAGGAGAAGAGUAAGACUGCUCAUAAAAAAGAUGAUGGAAUAUCAGGAGAUUACUCAGAUGGGUCUAAUUUCGGGAGCCGUGGCAUUGGUGGUAAUUUGUCUGCAAAAAAUGAAAAUGAAAAUCUUCCUCAGCGUGGUGGCAGAGGUGGAGUUGGCAGAGGCGGAGGUGGAAGCGAUGGUGGAGGUAGAGGCCGAGGAGGUGGGAGAGGUGCUUUUGGUAACUUCGGGGAAAGAGCUGCUCCCCCGCAUAAAGGUGAAAAGGAGGUUCCGGAAGGUGCUGAAAACUGCUUGCAGGGUUUGACCUUUGUAAUAAGUGGGACUCUUGAUAGUUUAGAGAGGGAGGAAGCAGAAGAUCUGAUCAAGCGCCAUGGUGGCAGAGUUACUGGGUCGGUCAGCAAGAAAACGAGUUAUUUACUGGCUGAUGAAGAUGUUGGAGGCCGUAAAUCUGAGAAAGCAAAGGAGCUUGGAACACCUUUUCUUUCUGAAGAUGCUCUGUUUGACAUGAUCCAUAAGUCGAAACCUACAAAGUCGACUGGCAAGGAAAAUCUGCAGAAGAAAGACCAGAAAGAUAUUAAAGUUGCUGAGUAUACGAGUGGUAUUAUGCCAAAAAUUGGGGAAAAAGGUCAAAUCAACAAGGAUUUUGGCAGGAAAACAAGUGAAAAAUGUUUGCAGCCCGAGGUUCCAGACAGGAAAAUAAGUGCAAAUGUUAAAGGAAAUACAGAAAUAUGGACAGAGAAGUAUCGGCCAAAGACUCCUAAUGAUAUAAUUGGGAAUCAAUCCAUUGUAUGUAUCAUUCUUGAUGUCUUAGUGAAACAGUUACAUGAUUGGCUGGCACAUUGGGAUGAACAACAUCUAAAUGUUGAGAAUAAGGGAACUAAAAGCAAAAAACGCGGUAGUGGUAGCAAUAGUGACAUCUCAAAAAAGGCAGUGCUGUUAAGUGGGACGCCUGGUAUUGGGAAGACAACUUCUGCAAGAUUGAUAAGUCAGAUGCUUGGUUUCACAACGAUUGAGGUUAAUGCUAGUGACAGUCGUGGGAAGGCUGAUGCUAAGAUAGAAAGAGGCAUUGGAGGGAGCACAUCAAAUUCAGUAAAGGAGUUAAUCAACAAUGAAGCUUUGAAUUUUGGCCACUCAAAUAGUUCAAGGUGUCAGAAAUUUGUUUUAAUUAUGGACGAGGUUGAUGGCAUGUCUGGAGGAGAUAGGGGAGGAGUAACAGAUCUUAUAUCCAGCAUUAAAAUGAGCAAGAUACCCAUAAUUUGCAUUUGUAAUGAUCGCUACAAUCAAAAAUUGAAAAGUCUUGUCAACUACUGCCUUGCUUUGAAUUUUAGGAAGCCAACAAAGCAACAGAUGGCUAAAAGGUUGCAUCAAAUUGCAGAAUUGGAGGGUGUUCAGGUUGAUGAGAUAGCACUCGAGGAACUUGGCGAGCGUGUCCAUGGAGAUAUGCGGAUGGCAAUAAAUCAACUGCAAUACAUGAGCCUCUCAUCUUCUGUCCUUAAAUAUGCUGAUAUGAAAGCUCGUUUGCAGAGUAAUGCAAAAGAUGAAGAUGUUACACCAUUUACAGCUGUGGACAAGUUACUUGGAUAUGAAGGAGGUAGACUAAGACUUGAUGAAAGAAUGGAUUUUUGCAUGACAGAUCCAGAUCUCAUUCCUCUUAUUAUUCAGGAGAACUAUUUAAAUUAUAGGCCAAGUGCUGCAAGUCGUGAUGUAGAUGGUACACUUCGGAUGGACUUAAUUGCCCGUGCAGCAGAGUCUAUUGCAGAUGGAGAUAUAGUAAAUGUACAGAUUCGUAGGUAUCGCCAGUGGCAGCAUUCUCAAAUGGGUGCCUUUGCAUCAUCUAUCAUCCCUGCAGCUUUUAUGCAUGGUCAGAGAGAGGUCCUUGUGCAGGGAGAACGCAAUUUUAAUAGGUUUGGAGGAUGGUUAGGGAAAAAUUCAACCUGGGGCAAGAACUAUAGACUGCUGGAGGCUGUACAUGUUCAUGUUCUUGCAUCACGUAUCAGUGAGCCAACCAGAGAAGCUCUACGGAUGGACUACCUGCCAGUUUUCUUGUUGAAAUUAACUAACCCUCUGCGGACAUUGCCUAAGGAGGAGGGAGUACAAACUGUUGUAAAGUUCAUGGAUGAGUACUCUAUAAAUCAAGAAGAUGUAGACACAAUAGUAGAUUUAUGCAAAUUCCAGGGUCGUCCCAAUCCUUAUGAUGGGGUACCUCCUGCAGUUAAAUCAGCCUUGACAAAAGCAUAUAAACAACAUGAGCAGGGCCAUCGUGUUCGGGCAGCUGAUCUACUUCCAUCUGUUCUCAUUCCUGGUCAAAAGAAAACACCGAAGUCAAAACGAGUCGCUUCUCUUUUGACAGAAGUUGAAGAUGAUUUUGUUUUACAGAAUAACGGUGAUAAUGUUGAAGAGGAGGAAGAACCUGUUGAUGAAGAAGUCUCAGAAGUUUCAGCCCACAGCAACGGAAGUUUACACUUGAGCCUUCAAGAAAACAAACCAAAAGGAGUCGAGAUACAAUUAGAUAUAAAGAACAAAGAGGUGUUAAGAGGAAAUCCAUCCAAGGCAAACCAAUCUAAAUCUCAUGCUGAAAAGGAAAAGCCAACUUCUGGGACAAAAAAUGUUAAGAGGAAAAGAUAACUUAAUCAAUUGUUUCAUAUUUUUGUUUGGUCCUGCAGAUGACACAUGCAAAUGAUGUAAAUCCUUGGAGUGAACUUGGUUAGUGCAGUUGUUUUAUGUUUUGGAAAGGCAUAUAUAAUUAGUCUUGGAGUAAAGUUUCUAUGUAAGUGCUUUUUGCAUUUGAAAAAAAAUUGAUGGUGGAGCUAUGAUACCCACAGAUUUGUUAUAUGUAUCCAAGUAUACGAUGCUAGUUUCUGAGAAUUGUCUUGGCUAGAUUAUAUUCUAUGGUCAGCUGUAAUUUUAUUUCAUGUUUAUGCUAAUAGUAAAAGAACUCUUUGGAAGGUUGCGGUU